AUGGCACUGAGACGUCCCGUCUCGCCGCAACUCUCGAAUCGUUCGAGUCCGCCGGUCACACGAUCUGUUUCACGCAAUGGAUCACGUCAACCGUUCGAAACUUCGACACCGCUUACACGUCGAAGUCUUCAGCCAGGGAUGCAUAUUGAUACAAUCGAGAGAGUUUUCGAAUCGGCAGAUGAUACGGAUGUCGAUUUAAACUCAUCAAAAUUCAUAUAUAGAGAACAUUUCACUGUCACAGAGAGAACAUCGAUUCAAAAAGAAUUGUGGUACGAUUGGCUGGUUUACCAUAUUCGAAUGAUCAGACGUCAUUUGCUUCCGGAGUUCAAAACAGUACGCGAGACAAUGAUGGUACUUCUGCUACUUUUGAUGAUCACCAAAUAUGCCCGUGACUGCUACAGCGAAGAAAUGCCCAAAUCAUUUGAACAACACCAACCGGCGGACUACAGUUCUGAGUGGAUAGCAGAAAUUCAGAAAAUUGAGAAAUCGAUUUCAAGUCUCCAAGCAAAAAUAGACUCAACAGAGAGUAAUUUGCAUCAACUGGAGAAUCACUUGAAUCAGUUCGACCUUAAAACGGAUCAGUUGAUAAAUCAGCUAAAUGAUGAUAAUGGAUGGAAAGAAUCGGUGAUGGAGGAACUCAAGAGAAUUAAAGUUUGGCAGACCGAAAGUGAUCUGUCAAUGCAUUCUUUGAAAAAGGAAGUUGAGGAAAAGAAUUGCGAUAAAGUAAUAGCCGCCGAAGAGGAGAAAAAACCUGCCGAACCAACACCAUCGUUUCCAUCAGAUAUCCAAGUUCAUUCGUCACAAACUUCUCGUCGCCCUCAUGUUGGUAUCAACGUUGCAAACAGUCUGAUCGGUGCAUCAAUUGAUAAUUCUUGUUCUUCACGCCCAGUUUCCGCCAAAGAUGGGAUCUUUUAUGACGUCAUGUCAUAUUUCGGUUCUUUUAAAGAGGGCUACGUUCUUCUCGAUCGUGAUGUUCUCUCGCCUGGGGAAGCGUGGUGCACAAACGACGACCGUCCGACGUUGACUAUCAAAUUGGCUAGACAUAUCGUGCCGACUUCUGUCUCUUAUCAGCAUGUUCGAUGGAGUGGGAUCGUUCCAAAUCAUGCACCAAAAGUCUAUGAUUUGGUGGCUUGCAUGGAUUCGUGUUGUAUCCGUUCGGAGCCACUUGUUACGGAUUGUGAAUACAAAUCUUCAAAUGACGAACACGAUGAACAAGAACAGUUUUGCUCGAUUCCAAGUAAUCCGAAUCUCUCGUCAGUCAACCACGUGCAAUUCCGUUUCCGUGAAAACCACGGUAAUAUGAAAAAGACGUGCGCAUAUCUUGUUCGCGUCUACGGAGACUUGGCGAAUCCACCAAAUGCACAAACACCGGAUAAUGCAACAGCUUCACUUCUUGAGGAAACUGUAGCGGAUUCAAUGUCGGAAAGCGUUUAA